GUUGGUGUCAGGGCUAAAAGUAAAUGGUUUCACAAUCCUUUUCUGGCCUCGGAGAAGCCUGAAAACCACAAGACAACUGCCGUUGUAAUUGUUUAAUCAAGCAGUCGUGUGUUGCCCGUAACUUGGCCUGUGUCAGCCCUAAUAAGGGUUGGUGAGUGGCGGGUUGGGUCAAUGUGGAAAGUGACGGGUGAUUCUGACCUUUCUCGUAAGAAGCAGUCAGAUCUAAAAAAAGAGUGAUCUCCCUUUAAUUUUUUACACCAUGUCUGAACGCAAAGCCAUUUUUUAAAACUUUAAAAUCACGUAUCUUCUUUUCUUGAAUCAAACGUAGUCUCCGUUAGUCUUGUCCAUCAGCCCUAGGAUCACGAAGGUUUGUGCGAGCAACGCAGUUUGACGGGUGCGCCGAUUACAUUUCACGUUACCAUGCGCACCGCAAGCACGGCGAAUAUGUCUUUUGUCAAGGACUGCUCCCUGGUUAUAUGAUGAUGGCCCAACCCCUGAUAUAGUAUAUCUGUAGCUUCCGUGGUGUAUCACUGUCUGGUUAUAUGAUGAUGGCCCAACCCAUGAUAUAGUAUAUCUGUAACUUCCGUGGUGUAUCAAUGCCUGGUUAUAUGAUGAUGGCCCAACCCAUGAUAUAGUAUAUCUGUAACUUCCGUGGUGUAUCACUGCCUGGUUAUAUGAUGAUGGCCCAACCCCUUAUAUAGUAUAUCUGUAUCGUCCGUGGUGUAUCACUGUCUGGUUAUAUGAUGAUGGCCCAACCCAUGAUAUAGUAUAUCUGUAUCGUCCGUGGUGUAUCACUGCCUGGUUAUAUGAUGAUGGCCCAACCCAUGAUAUAGUAUAUCUGUAACUUCCGUGGUGUAUCAAUGCCUGGUUAUAUGAUGAUGGCCCAACCCCUUAUAUAGUAUAUCUGUAACUUCCGUGGUGUAUCAAUGCCUGGUUAUAUGAUGAUGGGCCAACCCCUGAUAUAGUAUAUAUCUGUGUUUUAUAAGUGCAUGGUUACAAUGGCGUAGCAAGAGGUGUGUGGAGGGGGCGGUCCGCCCAAUGUGGCUCUUUUUUUCCCCUGAAUAUGGAGGGGCUGCAUUUUAGGCUCACUGCAGAAUUUUAGCGUGGCACAGGAGCGGCAAAAAUCUUGACCCGCCCCGGGCGACUCAAACCCUAGCUACACCACUGCCUGGUUAUAUGAUGAUGAUACUUUCCCUGAUAUAGUAUGUCUGUAGCUGCCGUGUUGUAUCACUGCCUGGUUAUAUGAUGAUGAUACUUUCCCUGAUAUAGUAUGUCUGUAUCUGCCGUGUUGUAUCACUGCCUGGUUAUAUGAUGAUGAUACUUUCCCUGAUAUAGUAUGUCUGUAGCCGCCGUGUUUUAUCACUGCCUGGUUAUAUGAUGAUGAUACUUUCCCUAAUAUAGUAUGUCUGUAGCCGCCGCGUUGUAUCACUGCCUGGUUAUAUGAUGAUGAUACUUUCCCUGAUAUAGUAUGUCUGUAGCCGCCGUGUUGUAUCACUGCCUGGUUAUAUGAUGAUGAUUCUUCCCCUGCUACAGUAAGUCUUUAGCAGCCAUGGUCUAUCAAUCACUUUCGAGGCUGCCUUAUCGUGUUUGUUUUUAUUGGACUUAUCUGUUUUAGGGCUACGACAAUUCAGCAGUUGAAUACAACCCCUCCCCCCAUUUCCAGAUAAAAAAAUUGCCCAUUUCUUCACCAUAACAGUGACAGCGUCUAUCCUCAUUGCGACACAAUUUCCCUUGUACCCGACCCCCAUCAUUAAACACUUAUUUUCUAUACAUCGUGUGUCUAAUGGCCACCCGCCCCCUCCUCACACUAACAGAGAUACCCAUCCAUACUAUAUAUAUAUAUAUAUACUAUACUAAAUAUAUAUAUUAUAUACGUCAAUACAAUAAUAAUAUCUAAUAAUUAUUAAUUAUUAUAAAAGAGAAAGGUAACAGUUCGGAUAACCAAAUAUUAAAAUACACGCGUUUGGAAAAUCGACGCUCUGCUGUAAUGAUAAUUUGCGUGCGAGGUGUGUGUAUGGAGGGGGGGGGGGCGGGCACACAUUUUUGAGUUCGCCCCUGGCGGUAUUUAAUCAAAGUUUUGCCACUGGACGCUGGCCUGUAAACCGAGGAAACAGUUUAGGCUUAGGCCGUUCUCCAUAACUUUAAAAAGAAUAACGUUUCCCUCUCCAUGUGUGCGUGUGUCUAAGUCUUAGUGUUGCUCGUGCUAGAUGCUCCACUGUGUGCCCCAUUCCUCCACAUAACCAGCGUUUGAUGAAGUGGCCAUAUUUGAUCUCUCUUCACAAAUCUGUUGGAGAUCGUUUUCUUACACCAGCCGUAGUUUCUAAUUUCACAACGGACUGUGCUCUUGUUUACAUGGAAUUGUUCAGUCAUUCUGUUGCUAUUGUCAUACUUGGCUUGUUUACAAUGUUAAACACUCCAAAAUCACCGUCUUGAUCGCGUUCAUCACAUCACGUCUCAAUCACUUCUCAUUACAUCUUGUCUUAUCACAUCUCAUACACCCCAUCCCAUCUCAUAUCAUCACAUCCCUUCACAUCUCAUCUCAUCUCAUCUCAUCUCAUCACAUCUCAUAGCAUCACAUAUAAUCUCAUCUCAUCACAACUCAUCACAUCACACCUCAUAUCAUCACAUCUCUUUUCGUCACAUCACAUUUCAUAUCAUCACAUCUUUUUACAUCUUGUAUCAUCACACCUCAUCACAUAUCAUCUUAUCACAUCACUCCAAUCUCAUCACACCAUAUCUCAUAUCAUCACACCUCUUCAAAUUUCAACACAUAAUUUUUAUAAUCUCAUCACACCUCAUCACAUCUCAUAUCAUCACAUCUCAUCUCUUCACAUCUCAUAUCAUUUUAUAAAUUCUCAUCACACCUCAUCACAUCACAUAUCAUCUCAUAUCAUUAUAUCUCUUCACAUCUCAUCACAUAUCAUUUCAUCACAUCUCAUCACAUCACAUAUCAUCAUAUCUCAUCACACCACAUCACAUCUCAUCCCAUUACAUCUUAUCACAUCAUCUCAUCACAUUUCCUCACAUCCCAUAUCAUCACAUCACAUAUCAUCUAUUCACAUCUCAUCGUUCAAUGUGUUGAUUGUUCUGCCAAAUGUCUUUAAAACUUUAAGUGAUUUCUUUUAUAGCACUGAACACGCGUCUUACCGUAUCCCAGAAAGGUCACGGUUCUGUUCUCAGUUUGUGACUUGCGCCUCAAAAACUUACAGCCCCCCCCCCCAAAAGUCUCUCUUUUGUCUGACUUUCUGUUUGUUUUCAUCUCUGCUGGUAUUCAACAGUUUCUCUGUAUACUUUCCCCAGGUUCUUCUACUCAGUAAUCACUCGACAUCUCCUGCUGCAGUGUCUUCCCGAUAGUUCUGCCACGCUGCAGACUGUAAUGUCUUUACUCAAGUCGGAGUCUGACUCCUGCAAUAGCUUUGUUGCCGGUACCAAGUAAACUAAUCUACCUCUGAUCAGUCCGCCCUUCUGCUCUACUAUAAAACAACAUUGUUCUGACCUUCCCCUGAGUUCAGAAACUAACAUGUCCACGGGCUCUCUGUACUAUAUGUCUUCCGGAAUUGAAAAGAUUUUUGAAUCUCAUUUCCCUGGGACUACAAAACAAAACCAACAAAGCCACAACUACUACGAUAAUCUUUAAGUUUCGAUAGCACUGCGUCUGGCUCAAUGUCCAUGUCUCUUUACCAUUUUAUUUCAUCAUGCACUUUGUAUGGCCGUCGGGCCAGCAUACUGCAGAAUAAUAAUCGCAGUCUGUGAAGGCAUUUAGCAUUUUUACGACAAGGUAUCUCUCUAUACAGAAAACUAGCUCACACACUAUAAGGGUUGUUUUCGUUUUCUUUUUGAUUUGUAAAUAAAGUUUAAAAUAAUUUAGGAUCAGUUUUAAGAAGCGUGUUGGGUUGACGUAGCAAAACCGUUGUGAAAAUGCCACCCAAACCCAAGGCUAAAGGGAAAAAAAGGAAACUCUCCACAGCGGGUAUGACGGAUGAGGAGAAGUUAGCCUACGAAGAGAUGAAAAAGUUUGCCGAGGAGGAACUGCAGAGGAAGAAAGAAUUGCUACUCAGGAAAUAUAUGAAGGUUUUUAAAAAUAAAAAUUUAAAAUAGAGUUCCGGUUCUUGUUCAAAUAUUGGUUGUUUCUCAAUUUAUUUCAAUCCAGAGGCAGUAAAGUCGCUUUUUAUUGUGUCUGAGACACACUCACUUGUCUAAGUCACUGCUACUUGUCAAUGUUACUGCUACAUUACUUGUGUCAGUUAUUGUUACUUUUUUCCUUAGGUGAAUUAUUAAGGGAAUGGGGAUAUAUUUAUUCAAAAUCAGCCACAAAUAUUCAAUAUUUUAGAACCAAUGUGUUGAGAAUAAAAUAAACACCAAUAUGAUAUUAAUUUUUUUUAAAAAUAAAUACAAUUGACGACUAGAGUAACUGUACGACACAAGUGACAGCAGCUUAGACACCAGUGGCAGUAACUUAGACACAAGUGGCAGUAACUUAGACACCAGUGGCAGUAACUUAGACACAAGUGGCGGUAACUUAGACACAGGUGGCAAUAAAUUAGGCACAGGUUGACAGUAACUUAGACACAGGUGACAGUAACUUAGACUCAAGUGGCAGUAAAUUCGGAACUGUUUGUUGCACUAACCCAUAUGGACAACCAAAGUGAAGCUGGCAUGCGUAAUAGUUUCUGUCUGAGGGUAACCCAGUUAGCCAUACAGCUUAGACAAAUGAAACCCUGAUUUUGAGGAUAACCCUGUUAGCCGUACAGCAUAGAUAAAUGUAACCCUGAGUCUGAAGGUACCCUGUUAGCCGUACAGCAUAGAUAAAAGUAACCCUGAGUCUGAGUUUAACCCUGUUAGCCGCCCUACAGCACAGAUAAAUGAAACCCUGAGUCUGAGGGUAACCCGGUUAGCCCUACAGCACAGAUAAAUGAAACCCUGAGUCUAAGGGUAACCCUGUUAGCCCUACAGCAUAGAUAAAUGAAACCCUGAGUCUGAAGGUAACCCUGUUAGCCCUACAGCACAGAUAAAUGAAACCCUGAGUCUGAAGGUAACCCUGUUAGCCCUACAGCAUAGAUAAAUGAAACCCUGAGUCUGAAGGUAACCCUGUUAGCCCUACAGCACAGAUAAAUGAAACCCUGAGUCUGAAGGUAACCCUGUUAGCCCUACAGCAUAGAUAAAUUAAACCCUAACUGUUUUUAUUGAAAGUAUUCACCAUUCAUUGGCAGAUUUAAAUGUGAGCAUACAGGCCUUUACGCUUGAACAAAUCUUUUUUUUCUUCUAAGUCCACAUUGGCAGAGUUAAUCAGAACUGACGUCAGUUCUGAAACUGAAAUAUUUUUUUGGUCAUAUCUCAUUUUCUUAUAAUUAGCAACCUGCUAUGCAUAAGUUUUUGGGGUGUUUUAUUUCCCAGUUUUAUCAUUUCCCAGGACAAGCUUGCCAAAGAAGAGAAGAACACAAGAUACAAUCUAAAUAAAUUAAACCACCAAUGGAGAAACAUCAUGAGGGAAGCCAAGUCCAAAGAACUGAAGAAAGACAUUGAGAUCCUAAGCCAGACGUUUGAGCGAGUCAUUGACCGUAAAGAUGCUGUCAUCAAAUCCCUGUGUGUUGACAUUGCUGAAGCAGAGGAGCAAUACGCAAUGGCUUUGCGAAGCCACUUGCAAAACACAGACAGUUUGAUGGGUAAAUUUCUUUCUUUGUUAAUAAAAAAUAGAUUUAAAAACCGCCAUCUUCAUUUAAAUUAAACUUAUUCCUCCUUUUGUACUGACAAUUUUAACUUAAAUUAUCCUCUUUUUUGUUUCUUUCCCCAUGUGUGUUGCGUUAAUAAAGAAAUUAAAUUAACUGUUAUCAAAACAUCUUACAGACUGUUUUCAAAAUACAAAUUAAUUUAUGUCAAAUACCUAUAUUCCAUUAAUGUAUCGGUGUAAUACACAAUUUAAAAAUAUGAAGAAAUUUUACAAAAUGAAUCACCUAAAAAGCUGUGUAUUCCCUUCGAAACUCUUAUAAAUCUGAAUAGAAAUUAUAGUGUCCAUGUUAUAAUUAUAAUAACUGAGAGUUUCACCUGAGAAGGUAAGUCCAACAGCAGUGUAAAAAGAUGAUUAACUGAGUCAGUUGAGACACUGAAAUAAUUCCUACACAUACUUUUUAAAACCUCUGAUCUAUUUAUUUACAGUAAAUCAUUUAACGACUUCCGUUUUUUUUAAAAAAAGAUCACCAAAAAUUACGUUUGGACACACUGACACGUGAGUACUACUAUGAGUUGGAGAUAAUCUGUGAGGAGUUUGAUUUGGAGCGAGCCAUGUUGGUAGAGCAGCACAACGGUGAAAUGAAUGACAUUGCUGACAUACUGUUUGCCAUGGAGCAAAAUUUUCAGGAUCGGGAGAAUGAGGCAAUGGCAGAGUUCAGUUCCUUGAGGGAUGAAAUAAAAAAUAAGGUAAAAUUGCAUAAAUACUAUUUUUUAUUGAAACUGUAAAAAAAAAUUAAGAAAAUGCAGCAUAUCUUAAUCAAAUUGAUGAUUCACAAGGUGGUAGGGACUGAGCCUGAGAUAUAUGCUUGUAAAACCUAAUCGCUAAUGAAUGGCAUUUAUAUCUUUUAACUUUUCUCACAGAACCUUGAAGAGAAACAUGCACUUCGUGUUCAGCUGGAAACAAAAGUGGAAGACUUAUGGCAGCAGUUUCGACAGGCACUUCAGAACUACAACGACACCAAUGAAGAGAGGAAGGCCACCUUUGAAACCUUGAAAAUCAAAGAUGAAAAAAGCGCUAAGGAAAUCGACAUGCAGAUGCGUAAACUCCAGAGAAUUUCUGUAGGUUUUUAAAAAUAAAAUGAAAAUUUAUUUAUCAAUAAAAAAUGAGCAAAAUACAGUUUUAAAGAUAUCGGGUGUAAUUAUUAUCAGGUUUAAUUAAGUAAAUAAUAAGUUAGUUAAAAAAAGUUUUGCCAGAUGUAUAUUAUAUUUUUUUCCUAAUUUGGUUAAUUUUGCCUGUAGCAUUUUCUGCAUAGAUAUAAUUUCAGAAAUAUUAUAUAAUAUAUUUUAGAUCAGUUGUAAAUAAACUGUCAAUAAGUUUUUUUUCUUAAAAUGCACCUUGAUAUCCCCCUUGUAAAUCAAAAUUAAACCUAAUCCAAGAAAUUCGAAAUGUGUCUGUGGUAUCAAUAUUUACUUCUUUUUUUUUUCAACUUCAGGACCAGAUCGCUCAGUUGAGAGCAAAAUUAUCUGCAAAUGCAAAAGAAAGUGAAGAAAAAAAUAAAUUACUGAAAGAGGUAAAGUCUAAAUUUAUUUGAGGUGUUAAUCCCCCUUAGCCAUACUAAAAGAAGUAAUCACAAGAUUAUAUUGUGACCUAUAGUUGUAUCAUUCCUAGCCGUUUUUCAAUUUGCUACAUUCUACAUAUUAGUGAAAUGAACUGUUUUAUCUGUAGAUUGAAGAUGAUGAAGAUACAUUUACAAAAGAGGUAAAUCAGAUUUGAGCUUUUAUGCAUUCCAUUUGAAUUAUCUUCAGACGUUUAUAUUGUUGCAGCCUUACAUUUUUCUGUGCACUGCUUUUAAAUUGAUUUUAUGUCUUAUACUAUCAUAUUUUAAUACAAAGCUACUGACUUUAUACUCACAGCAACAUGUAUCAACCUUCAGGCAAAUAGAAAUGGGGAAAAAGCAGCAAGUGGUAAAAAAAAAAAAAAGAUGCAUUUUAGUUUUAAAAAAUGAGCCUGUUUAAAGCUGCACGGCCUAAAUAUUUCUGAUUCUAUUUCUCUUAGUACCCGGUAUCCAUUGAUAUUUAUUAAUGCUGAAUUCUAAGUUGUUGAGCAGACAAAUUUUACUAAUAAAAGAAAUUCAGGAACUAGUGAUGUUGAUGCUUGUUAUUGCUAUAUUAUAAGAUGUCUUCUUGCAACUAAAUUAUAAAUUCACAUGAACACUACUAAAUGACAGAAGACUGGGUGGUGAGUUAUGUGGGUGCUUGGUAAAGAAGAAGGAACUUGAUGUGAGAAAAUGGAGCAGUACCAGUAUAUAGUAUACUGAGGCCACUUAUAGGACCAAAACAAUCUGAUCACCGGGUUAGGGGGUUUGGGGGGGUUUAAACACAUAGCUCUUAAAAAAACAUAUUGGAAUUGAAUACUCAUCUUGCUGCUCACUUCUACUAGGAAAGAGAAAAAAUGCAGAAACACUUCCAUGAAUUAAAAGCUCAAAUGAACAAAGUCAGAGAAAAAGAGUGGGACAAGCUUACAAAAAUUACAUUAGAAAGUAAUGCAGCUAUAAAAGAAAUCAAAAGGCAAAAAGAGAAAGUAAGUAGAAUUCUUUUGAAAUACUAAUUAUAAAGAAAUAAAUAACUUCCCCUUGGAAAAAGAUGUUAAAUAUUUUCUUCUUUUUUGUUUUAUAAUAAUGUUUCCAAUUGUUUUAAGAAUUAUUUUAUUCCCAGUUCCUCUGUUGUUAAUUGAAUUCUGUUUCAACAGAAGUUAUGGCAAUAACACACAUUUAAUUUUCAUUGCUGGUUUCACUAAACAUAUUUACAUAAUUGGUCAAUCAAGAAUCCAUCUAAUUUUUAUCGAUAAAUAAAACACCUUUGGACUCAACUCUGAUCCAAAUCUUAGUUCUGUGCCAGUCCACAAACCAUUAUACUAAAUUCCAAAACCAAACAAAACUUAUUUAUAUAUUAUUUUUAUUCCUUUCAAAGCAAACAUAGCAAUAAGAUUCUGCAAGAUUGCGUUUUACUAUUUUGUGCAACAAAAAUGAACUGUAAUUUUUAGAAAUUACAAUAAAAAUUAAUCAAAUAAGCUAAGAGUUUAUACCAAGAUAUAUCUUCCAAGGGUGAGUUGAUUCUUCGGCUGGCUGAAAUGUGUCGUAAGCUUGAGACGGAGGAGGAAAAAGUUCUACCGUUUUAUGCAUCUUCUUUAACCAAAGAAGAACUAGAGGAUGUGGAAAAGGCAGUGCUGGAGCCACCAUCACAACCAAUGGCUGAGGUAAAACUACAUUAUUUAUAUAUAGUAUAUAUAUAAAAUUAGAUAUAUAUAUACUAUAUAUAUUAUAUGUAUAGCAAUUUUAAUUUUUGCACUGUGUGUGUGUGUAUCUAUACAUAUGGUGCAAAAAAUGAAAAUUUAGGAAUGGCACUAAAUUCAACAUGGGAGCGGGGGCACGAUAUCAGUGAACAAACCACUAGUAAACAAAUUAUUUUGUUAAGAAACAAAUUGUAAUCUUAUAUAAGCACCACAACCUUUAUGACAUUACUGAAUGGCCUAUUUUGCAGGCAAUGCAUGAGUACACAGCAUUAGAGAAUUUCUGGAAGCGUUACAAUAAAGUUCUUUUGGACAAACUGGCCUUAGAAAAGGAAAAGCAGACCAUGAACUAUGAGAACCAGCAGCUGCGAAUGCUUCUCAAACAGUACCUGGAUGGCAUCUCUGUCAAUGAUGAAAUCCUCAGUCAAGUCAACCCUCUCUUUGUUGUCAAUAAUAAGAGCAAUGUCAAGUAAGUUUUUUUUUUUUUAAAGGUAUUCCUUUGUCCGAGCAGAUUUGCUCUGGAUGUCAUACCCCUUGCUACAUAAGAUGUUUGAAAAAAAAACAAGGAGGGCGUUAACAUUGUUCCCACCCAUGCACUGUUUUUCCACAACUCAACCAUCCUCAUGUAUUUCUUCACAGCUUCCAAUGAUUUGUUGCUAUGUGUGUUAUUUAAAACUCUCUUUUUUUUCCAGGAUGAAUGUUUCAGUGAUGGACUCCAGAAUUCGAAGACCAGCUCCUGCUACUAUCAUAGAGGCUGCUCAUGCCGUCAAACACAUACUCAACUAAUGUGAAGAUUAUUGGAGAGAAAAGAAAGUUGGUCUAAAGUUAGAAGGAGUGAUUGGAAAUUGAGGGAUAAUAAGUAUCCCCUUUACUUACUAUAGAAAACUGUGAUCUAAGAGUGCUUAAUUUAAAGAUUCAUAAAACAACAACUGAUUUUGUUGCCAUUUUCUGUGACCCAUCUCGCAAGGAAAUGUUACUUGGAUUGAAUGUUUUUUUAAACCAUACAAUGAAUUGACCCACUUUUAAGAAAUACGGUAUAAAAAUAAUCCUUUCUUUUUUUUUGAAGUGCAUCUUUUUAAACAUACAAAUUUGCUAAAUUAAUGAAAAUGAAUAUUUGACAUUGAGUAAACUUUCUUCAUAAAGGGCUAAAAUCUUAAAAGAAAUUACUUUGUUAUUAGAGUAAAUGAAAUAAAGAAAAUUAUGAGAAAGAUUUGACUUCAACUUUAAAAAUAAUAACUAGGCCAUGUAACAGAUCUGAUUUUUGUGUUCACUGGAAUUAAUGUUCCUUCAAUGUGCUUUUUGAAAAUAAUUUUUAAAUAGAUCACUUGAUAAAAAUUAGACGAUUUCUCAAAAGCCCUCUGCUAAAAAUCAUAAAACAUUCAUUCUAUGGGCUACGUUAAAAUUUUUGUAAAGCAGAGUAUCUUGCCGCCUACUUCUAUCACUUUGGAUUGGUUCCAAAAUCAUGUUUGUUGUUUCUAAACUCUAAUCCAGUAAGUUAAGUAUGGGUUAAUUAAAACAGACCCAAUAACUUAGUUUUUAAAAUGAAAUGUAUACUUUUACCCUGAAUGAUUUCUCAAAUCACGGUAACGUCAUGCAAUCCAUGUUAACUCAGCCAAACCAUGACAACAUAAAAUGAUAUGAAAGCGGAAAUGAUAUUCACCAACCCAAUACAAUCUUCUCCCCGAAAAUAAAGUUAUUCGCUCGUGUACCUAAUCUACCUAAUAGAAAAAAAGUACAUUACAUUUAUUAAAUUAGAAGUAAAUAGCAUUUUAAAGAUUUUGACCUUGCAAACUUAAAUUUAAAAAAAAUAACUUGAAAC